GGAGGGAUCAGUUGGUUGUCACCGUGCAUAGAAUCUGUCGGAAGACUUUGAUCAUCAUCAUGGCUAAAUCUGAAACUUGUCUCGUCAACUUGCAUUACCAAGAUGGCAGCGAGGGAAGCCCCUCCAACCCUGCCAAGUUCAAAAAUCAGGACUUCGCUCAGAUAAAAGCUGACUGCUUCCGGAAAGGAGAACUGUUCCUGGACAAUGAGUUCCCACCAAACGGUCUUUCUUUGGGUGACCUGCCUGAUAUGAGUUCCUCACAGGAGAGUGAAGUGAAAUGGCUUCGACCGGCAGAUUUAUUGAGAGAACGAGGAAAGAAGGAUCAGCCUGCUUUCAGUAAAGAUGGUAUGUCACGAUUUGACUUUGGACAAGGCGACGUGGGUAACUGCUGGUUUUUGUCUGCAAUAUCUGCGCUGACCUUCCAAGAAAAUCUGAUGGCACAAGUUGUGCCAAUGGAUCAGUCCUUUGAGAACUAUGCAGGAAUAUUUCACUUCAAGUUCUGGAGAUUUGGAAAGUGGGUAGAUGUUGUCAUUGAUGACAAUCUGCCAACGAAAAAAAAGCGGUUACUGUUUGUGUCCUCGAAAUGUGGAAAUGAGUUCUGGGCCCCUCUGCUGGAGAAGGCAUAUGCCAAACUUUGUGGCUCGUAUGCAGACAUGCAUGCUGGGUUUCCAUCAGAGGCCUGCAAAGACUUCACUGGAGGUGUAAACCAGACUUACAAACUGAAGGAGAUGAACUCAGCAGGCCAUGGUGAUCUUUGGCUCACAUUAAUCAGAGCAACUAGGUGCCAAUCACUGAUUUGUUGUUGGACUUACCACAAUAAGGGUGCUUUGGUCUCUGACACUGGAUUGGUGAAUGGGCAUGCCUAUUCCAUCACAGGUGUCACUAAGGUGGAAUUAAACGGCUCCAAAGUACGACUGGUGCGAGUCAUGAACCCAUGGGGCAGACGGGAGUGGAACGGAAAAUGGAGCGACAAGUCAGAUUUGUGGGACAAAGUAAGCCAAGAAGUUCGAAAAAAGUGUUUCGACCAUGACAACGGAGAGUUCUGGUAA